UGGUAUGGUAAAAGGGGAAAAAUACACCAUAGUGAAACAGAGAUUGUAAGUGUUACUUCGCUCUCCACGGACAAGCUAUAAUAAGCUUUAUUACUAUAUGACUUAUAUUUUCUUAAAAGGUUAUGACCAGGGGUUAAAUUGGGAUUUGUUAUGUGGGGGGGGCUCUAUGGUAUCGAGCUUAUAUAUAUAUAUAUAUAUAUAUAUAUAUAUAUACAUACAUACAUACAUACAUUUAGUAAUUUAGCAGACACUUUUAUCCAAAGCGACUUACAAAUGAGGACAAUGGCAAUAUACAUGUAUUAUGUGUGUGUGUGUUUUGUUUUUUUGCAAAGAUAAUUUAUUCUAAUGCAAUAUUGUCAUCGGUUUUCUAUCAGCUGUGACAUAGGCUAAAAAUAUGCAUGUUUUUGACAUUUUAUCCAAGGUAUUUUUUUUUUCUUUACCUUUAUAGAGGGCAUUUCCCCACUAAUCUCAUUAACUUUCAUUUCAAAUUCUUACAUUUGAUCUAUAAAUUCAAUUAUAAUAAUGUGAUUGUUAUUAUCUAUACGUUAUCAAAUUAAAUCAUUUACACUGAAAAAUACAACUACAUUAAAUUAUGAGAUUCUUUAAAAAAUUUUUUUGAAUAUACAAACAAGACAUGGUGGAAAUUAUACUUUUAAACUAAAUUAAAGCGCCAGUAGGUGCCAUUAGUGAGCGUUUAAUGAGUGAGUCGUUCAUUCAAACGAUUCGUUCAAACGGCAGAUUCAUCAGAUGUUUAUGCAUGAGAUAAUGAAACUUUGACUCAACCGAUUCGUUCAAAACACUGAAUCAUUCAGCAAUGAAUCGGAUGGUUGCUUUGAGAUGCACUGUGGUUCCGCCAAAAAUUGAAAUGUGUAGAAAGAUCCGUGUCUCUUCUCCGGAGCCUGGUCACAUGCGCGCUCGGGAAUAAUGGCUGCACAGGAACCCUCACCACCAUCUUCAUUAGAAGGCAACAAACCUGGCUUCCCCAAGAAAAUACUCGCCAACAAGCUGGAGGACAAGCAUCUGUGCAAUAUCUGUCUGAAAAUCCUUAGGAGACCGUUUCAGGCGCAGUGCGGACAUCGUUUCUGUUCUUAUUGUUUUAAUAAAGCAGUGAGCUCAGGACCACAGAAAUGCAGUGCCUGUAUAAAGGAGGACCUAUUUGAAGAACCAACGUCAAUUUUGAAACAGGGCUGUGCUUUUCCUGACAAUGCUGCCAAAAGAGAAGUUGAAGCUCUUGAAGCUGUUUGCAUCAAUGAGGAAUGCAGCUGGACAGGCACCAUCAAAGAAUAUGAGGCAAAUCAUGAGGGAAAGUGUGACUUCAGGAUCCUUCCCUGCCCAUCAUGCAAAGAGCUUCUGAGAGCCAACGAACUUGAACGUCACAAUGAGAGAGAAUGCCCAGAAAGGACUCUUAAUUGUAAAUACUGCAAGGAGCCAUUUCAUUUUAAAAACAUUAAGGCCCAUGAUGAGAUAUGCCCUAAAUACCCAAUGAUUUGUGAAGGCUGUGCCAAGAAAAAAAUUCCCAGAGAGAAAUAUGUGGACCACAUUAAAAUGUGCACCAAAUUCAGAACACCUUGCAGAUUUCACGUUGUAGGCUGUGAUAUGACGGUGGAAAAGGAGAAGAUCCAUGACCAUGAGCAAGCCUGUUCCUAUGAGCACUUAAACCUCCUAUUGCACUUCAUCAUGGGCAUCAAGGUGAACUUGGAGAGUCUGCAACCUCAGAGUCUGGAACUGGCCAGCCAUAAGAUCCAUGAGCUGCAUCAGUCUCUGCGGGAGCUGGAGCUGAAGAUGGGCCAGCUGAGUGGAGCAGGGGCUCCCGUGCAGGGGGCCUGUGCGCCGCUGCUGCCACCGCCAGCUCCGACGCUGGGUACGUCUUUCACCCCACUCCCUACAGCCGUCGGGGCAGCCUUGGAGCUGCAGCUACACAGUGAGAAGACCAAAGUGGCAGAGCUCAGCCGCCGCUGUCAGGAGCUGGAGCUGAAGGUAAACACCUUUGAGAACAUCGUCUGCGUGCUCAACCGUGAGAUGGAGCGUUCCGCCACCACCAUGGAGGCCUAUAACCGUCAGCACCGGCUUGACCAGGACAAGAUUGAGAUACUGAACAACAAGGUACGGCAGUUGGAGAGGACAGUAGGCCUUAGGGAUCUCUCCAUCGUGGAGAUGGAGGCAAAGAUGAGGGAGAUGUCCGCUGCCACUUAUGAUGGUGUAUUUGUUUGGAAGAUCUCUGACUUCUCGAAGAAGAGACAAGAUGCUGUAGCCGGACGGGCACCUGCUAUGUUCUCGCCUGCAUUUUACACAAGCAAAUAUGGCUAUAAGAUGUGUUUGCGCAUCUAUCUGAAUGGGGAUGGGACGGGACGUGGUACUCACUUGUCUCUGUUCUUCGUGGUGAUGAGGGGACACAGUGAUGCCUUGCUUAAGUGGCCUUUCAAUCAGAAGGUCACCCUCAUGUUGCUGGAUCAGAACAACAGGGAGCACAUCAUCGAUGCCUUCCGGCCGGACAUUUCCUCUUCCUCCUUCCAGAGGCCUGUGAGUGACAUGAACAUUGCCAGCGGCUGCCCUCUCUUCUGCCCUCUCUCCAAACUAGACUCCAAGAACUCCUACAUCCGAGAUGACACCAUCUUCAUCAAGGCCAUCGUUGACCUCACAGGCCUUUAAGGUGUCAGAUGCCGCUGCUCCGCCAUGCUCCUCUCUCCAGCCUGUAGUGGUUCCCGUGCAGUACUUUUUUCCUGAGGCCUGUUCCCUCGGUCCGAGCUCUUUGCCGUGCUCGUGUGAGCCCAAAGAGACUACGGUACCCAGUGCAAUACUGCGCUGGGCGCGACAGCACUCUGCAUUAUGUACCAAAAUCGUUCCCAGAGUUUGUGCAGUUCUACUGUAAUAUAGUUGCCCUUUGGGAACCUCUCACUCUCUCGUAGUGGGAUAGCUGUCAGCUGUGAUUGUAUCGUAACUACUUGCCUGUGCCAUAGAUGUGGCACCUUGCCUUUUAUAGAGAUUGAGAAGACUUUCUCCACAAGACAGACGUCAUUUCAUUUCCAAGCGCUUGGCUUGUCGCACUCACUAUUUGGGUACUUUUUUGCUUUCUUUAGUGUUUGAGCUACUCGUAAGUGAAUGUUUCGUGCGUAGACGGACACGGAGUUACACUAGCGAAUGAUGUCGAUGCGUUCAUUUUGCAACUGCGUAGUUAACUUGCUUCAUACGCGUCGACAGUCUUCUGACAUUCCCUUUGAGCAUUGUGUGCCUCGACUGUUUCUCGUUUUCAUUGGCUUUCUGUAGUGGUGGACAUUGCUUGAAUUUAAAGUGCAGAAUUUGGGUUUCGAUAACCUGCUUGUGAGCUGAGGAGUUUGUGUGUGUGUGUGUGUGUGCGUGAAGGUGUGAUCUGUUUUUUGGCCUUCGUUUCCAUUUUCGGUGUUCUUUGAUGUAUUAGUUUGCAUGUUGGAUCUGUGGAAGAUACAUUCAAGUUAGCAGCAGACCAGGUUUACACCCUGAGCCUGAGAAGUGAAGGCAGUUUCAUUGUAAAGUCGCUGUCAAAGAAAACAACUAAAUCAUGCUGGUGUUCAAACCAUCCAGUUUUCCUUUGGACCUCAAAUGCCUCAUCAGCCAACGUGGUUAUAAGCGAAUAAAAGAUGCAGCCUUUAGCCUAAAGGUAAUGUAAGUAGGACAGAUAAUCUCGUGUGCUUUAUUGUGACGUGGAAAGGCUGAUGUUUGUUAGCAUUUUGAUGUUUUCUUGUGUUUUUGGGUGUUCUGUUGAUAUUGUGCUGCUUUGGGCAAACAUUAUGGAUGCCAUUAAAACUAUAUGACUUGCUUUGGACCGUGUCGAUCAGUAUAAACCAAGCAGGUAUUUGAGAACUCGUAGUCAGUGAUUCCUGUCGUCUUUUUCCCAGAAAGACUGUGGGGUUUACAUUCUGUAAAUGUGCUAGAAAAUGAGGAAUGUGAUUUAUGCCAUUUUGAAGUAGCCUCAAUCCUUAAUAGACAGUCAGUUCAAUGCAUUUUGUCCAUGAGAUUUCUUUUGGUUUAUUUGCAACCAGAGAAGGCAUUACUAUACAUAUACAAUGCAUAACUCUUACAUAAGGGCUUUUAGUAUACAGUACGUCUUCCAUGUGAGCUUUUUGGUCUGGUUAUUUUCUGAAACCGAGUCUGAGAUGCUUUUUUAAGAUGCCUUCAUGCUAACAAAGCACCUGGACCCAGCCUAUUUUCAAACCAGUUCCCACGGAUAUCGAAACCUCUCUGUGCAUGAGACGUUUCGAUAGAGAAGAAGAAAAAACAUAUUGUAAAUUAUUGGUUUACUUUGUAGACCGACAUUUUAUUUGUAUUGCUUUACCUUUUUUAUCUGUUGAUUGAGAUGCAGUAUAUGACGGUUAUAAAUGUGAGUGUGGUAUAUUGUUAAUUUAAGUAUAAAUAGAUAAACUAUACAGCGUACAUGGUUUUACAACUGAUGUAGCUGUGGAUAUAACAAAUAUGAAGCAUAAAUAUAUAUAUCAUAGAUUUAUAUCGAUAAUACAUGUACUAUUUCCUGUUGGGAUGGUUUCAAAAUGUGUUCGGGCUCUUUUUGGGCUUUGGUAAGUUCUCCUUCGCUUUGGCAGCAUCCUCUGAGGGAAUGAGAUUCUGAAAGAUCUUCCGGUUUUUCCGCUCUCUCUCAAGAACCUGUCUACAUGAAUAAAUCUCACCGUCGUAGAUUUCCUCGCUUGCUUUUUGCCCCAAUGAGAUUUCGGAGUGCUUGUGUGAAUAGUUCUACAGAUGUGACGUGCCUCUGUAGCAUAACUGCUUCUAUACAAAUGUUCUCUAUACAUAGCUUUAGCUAACAUUGCAUGUGGCCAGGGUGUUGUAUUGUAAAUCAUAUUAAUAAUAUUCUUUGAGGGUUUUGGAAAACACUUUUUAUUUGCCUAUUAUUUUGAGUAGAUGUCACAUGAUUUCCUAGUAGUAGUGCACACAUUUUAGUUUGUGCAAUUAUACAAGUGUCCUUCCUGUUCUUGAGUGUGAAAUCUACUGUUUGCAUUCACUCAAUCUGGGCUCAUGUUCAUACGCUGAAUAGGUGAAAUGCUUGACCUUGCGUGGGUGAGAGCCCCCUUUAUCUGUAAGAAAUGAUACGUCGUUAACUGACUCUGACUUGCGUUUUAUUUUUGGAUAAGCAUACACUAACACUAGAAAUAUGCUAUUUUUUAAGUUUUUGCAUACCGUUGAGAUUAAAACUCGCAGAAAUAAUAAUUUAUGGAAUCCAGGACUGAUUGUUUUCUUCUUCAGCUGACUAAGAUUUGUAUACUUUUUAUUUCCGAGGUUGCAUUUCAUAGAGGUUACUUUAUUAAUCAGACUUUCUACGUAACUUUGUAUGCCUUUCUCAUGGUGUCUCAGUGCCACUGAUCUUCCCGAUUCUGUUUUACAGAGCUAGAGAUGUUACUGUGAAGGCACUGUGGGUUUCUUCCGCAAAUUGUGGUAGUCAAUGUGCCAAGGAAGGAACCUCUGUGUGAUUCAUGCUGUGUUAUGAUUUAAUUCUCAGUGAAAUCUAAAAUAAAGUCUUUUCUGUUCUCUUCUUUCUCCAGUCUUGUAUCGUUGUAAGUUCUGUUGUAUCACACUUGACCACAGGGGGGUGCUCAUGCACCAUUGAUCAUUUUGCACUGUGGGGUCGUUUUUGGAAGACCAGUUGAGUUUAUCAGAUUUUAUUUCCUGUUAACUGUGAUUUAUUUUGUACAUAUGAUAAUGAACAAAUCAAAGGUACAGUAUGUGUCCAAACAUUGUGUCUCCUCGCAUAAAUGCAUUUCUCACUCUCUAUUCCAGGAAAUAGCCUAUGACCUAUUAUGGGGGUGUAAUAAAAGGGCUUCUCAGACUGAUGGCUUUCACAGAGUCCAGUGAAGUGCUCUUGAGUUCAGGGCUUCCCUGUUGGACUGAGAGCUACAGUUAGAGGUGAAGAGGGUGAUGUCUGAGCAAUAGCACUUUCUGCCAGUCUCGCAUAUCCUGCAUUACUUGAUGUUUAGAGGAACCACAGCUGAAAGUGGUUUGUUUUAUCUGGUUAAAAAGUAUUCAGUCGAAAUUCCUCAAGGUGAUAUAAUCUUUGGAAAAAAUGCUUUUGUAGUUCAACAGUAGGACAAUAUAGUAGAUCUUUGUGUUAAUCUCCGGAUAUGUACACAAAAGAUAGAUUUCAAGAUAGCCAGUCAUGAAGCCUAAUGGCUUACAGAGAAUCAAGUCUAGGCUUUAUGAAUUAGAUUUCCCCCCUCCUUAAGUCUGUCAUUAUACAGUUUAAGUCUUUUGGUCUAGGGAACAAUUUGAAUGAAAGCACAAGAUGGAAGAUUGCCUAAAAGGGCUUUCCUGUAGGAAAUAUGUCCAUGAACAGAGCCUUGUUAAGUAUAUUCAUUUGAGUAAAUGAUGGCAGAAUUUUAAUUUUUAGGUGAGUAUUCCUAUUUAAAUGAUUUUUGUAGGAUCUCGGUAUAUUUUGCACACACAUGCUUCAUUAUUUCCCCCCUCCCAUGUUCCGGCAUAAAAGGGUGAUACCAGAGAUCUUCUCACUAGACAGUGUUCACUUAGGCUUUUUGUCCCCUGGGCAAAUCUGGAGCUCUGUAUCACAGUUAACAGACCCUAAUCUGAGGAUUAGCAAGAGGGCAUUCCCUCUAUCACAGCUUCCUCUCUGCGUGUAGUCAGCAGAUAGAAAAUUAUGGGUCUGAAAGAAACAAAGCUGUCCAAUGCUCGAGGCUGGUCAGUACGGCUGGGUAAAAAAUAAUUCAGAUUAAUCGCAAUUGCUUCAUUUAAAUGGUGCUGAUUCUUAAAAAUUAUAAGAGCUCCUUUACUCUAUGGCUGUUUUUAGUGGUGGCAUGACAAUGUAUUUGUAUAGCUGUGUCUGUCCUGCAGAUGUCACUGUGUUCUUUUGAACUACCCCCCCCUUAACUGCAUAGUUUGUGCCAUAUUGUUCAUAUCUUCAGAAAUCAUAUUUUAGCUGAACUGUGAAUGUGAGUUCACAGUCUGUAUUGAAUUCAAUGCAGUGAAGGACUGUAAUGAGAAAGACUUGUCUCUUGACAUGUCGCAAAAAUAAAUUGCACGACCAGUGUAGUCCAAUUCACAAACAUGGAAAUUUCUUAAAUUUUCAAAGCAAAAUCGGCAUCAUUUUUAAACUAAUAUGAAUCUAAAUGGGAUUGAAUAGAAAUCAGAAAUUAAUUUAGUUGAAUAUGUUGAUACCCAGCCUACUUGUCAAUGAUUGUAAGAUUGACCAUGCACCUAAAGCGUAUGUCGGGCACAAGUUUCAAUUUUAUAUUGUUUAACAUUUUGCUUGAUUAUAGGCUCAGUGUAUUGACAAACAGCAGCAUUUAAAAAAAAAACAGAUUAGCCCCAUUAGGAUAUGUUUUAAAUGCUUUCAUUGUGGUUGCAUGUAAUAAUGUGAAGUAUAGUGUUUCUUUUGUCAUAUUUGUUGUGUACAAGACAAAUGAACUGGAGUUUUAAUCAACUGCUGUAUUACUGAGUUCUGUUACAUCAUCCAAGCAGAGAGACUUCCUCUGAGUCCGUUUCCCCUGUAACAUACUGAUUUCCCAUCAUCUCAGCAGCCCUAAAGACAUCCCCUGUGCUGGGGCUCAGGUUACCAUUUAGGGAUGUACAAAGCACACUUUGACCCACUUGAGAAAACAGACUCCGACAUCCUCCUGGAGCCCAAAAACUGCUGAUUUAUCUUAGCAGUAACAGAUUACACUUGCUGUUCCUUUAAGUAUUGCACCUGAUGCCAAUGUCAACCAGCAAAUCCUUUCAAAGGAACUGUUGUAAUGCUUAGAAAAAUAAAAGGCAGUAAGCACUC